AGUCUUCUCGGCCAGCAGCGCCAGAAGCGCCUGGUACAUGUGCACUCAAAGCAGCAAUUGCAUGGCGUGGAUUAAAAACGUCUGCUAGCGAUCGAAUUUCACUGACAGAGGCACGGUGUACGAGCUUAGCAGUCCGUAGGUGUGCAGACAGGAGACUUUUUGCGGUUCUCCGCUGUAGCAGCGGUCAGCCCAACGAGCGCACUGCAGUUAGCAGUUGUGGCAGUGCACGAGCUCGAUGCAGAUGUGUCAUUCAGUUUUUGCAUCGCCGAACGCGACUCGAGUCGAGAGUUUCAACUUUCACUGGCUCGUGACACGCGAGUAGAAAGUGGCUGUCACUUGCUGUUUGUCUUGCCAUGGAUUCUAACAUGAACAGAUCAUGCUUAUACACACCACGUAAUUAGACCCGCUGUAGGUUAUAUGCUUCCUAUGCGUCGCCUGCUAAUGCGAGUGAGAGUAUUGCGCUCGGUAACGAUAUGUACAGAUAUACGCGACAUUAACAAUUGUUGUACGUCGUGCAAGCUCGAUAACUGACGAGUGCGAGCUUCGCAUCAUCAGUCGUUGUUACACGCUGCUAGAGUAAGCGUGUGCCUCUCUUCUUCUCUUUUCUCUUUCGCGAUCGCCAAUACGGCGCCUGCCUGAGCCUCUCUCCGGCAAUUCUCUAAUUGAUUAAGUCACUCAGCUGUUCUUCUGCUAAGUCAUGCAGUGUAAGAUCACUUGAGUUGCUGCUAAUUUUUUCAAUUAUAUUCACUUUUGCUAUGGAGCUGUACAAUUCUUGACAGGAUUGCUUCUUUCUUACAAGUGCUACAGUGAUUUUUUUCUUCUAUAAGUAUCAAAAGGACUGCAAAAGUUUCAUGUUACAUAAGUUAUAUGUAUCUGAGUUUAAUCAUAAUCCAAAGUGUGCAGAAAAAAUUUAAAUUGUUGCAAGAGUGAUCUCCCACUGGGGUGAUUAUGUGUCGAAUCAUGUUUGCCCAAAGAUUAAGCAACCGCAAGAUCAUUGUUGAUGUAUUAGCUCUCCUUUUUGGACUUGGAGCUUGGGUAGGAAUCAAUGGAAUUUAUGUUCAACUACCUUUGCUGGUUCCUGAACUACCAGAAAAUUGGAAGCUACCAUCGCACAUGGUUCUUAUGGUUCAAUUUGCCAAUUUAGGACCUAUUCUUUACACCUUAUACAACAAAUAUUUGGCUUGUGCAAGGGAUCAUUACAUAAUAUAUGGACUGCUUGCAGCUGGGUCUUUAUCAAUAUACUGUCUAGCCUUCACGUACAAUAAAACCACAUAUAUUUUUGGAUCAGAACGCUCGACAGCCUUACUCAGUUUAAUGUUCAUUUCAUCGUUUGUGGGAUGUACCAGUUCUGUGCUGUUCAUGCCUUACAUGAGAAACUACAGGGAAAUUUAUUUAGUUUCUUACUUAGUAGGAGAAGGUCUAAGUGGUUUUCUACCAAGUAUAGUUACACUGAUACAAGGCGUAGGACCAAAGCCAUCCUGUGUUAAUGUUACAAUAUCUCCUGGACAAUUUGAAUUACGGCCUGGAAAACUGGAGCCAAGAUUUUCAGUUGAAACAUUCUUUUUAUUUUUAGGAAGUUUAUUAGCAUUAAGUUUCUUUGCAUUUUUGAGUUUAAGCAAAUUAAAAGUAGCUAAAGGUGAAAGAGUGAAACUUCCUGCUAGUAUAGAAGCCUUACCAACUGAUAUGAAUGCUCCACCAAGCUAUAAAACUACUGCAAACUGGUCGAUGACUGAUAAAACUUAUUAUUAUCUUUUAGCUAUGAUGGCUGUAAUUUGUUUAUUAGGGAAUGGAAUUCUUCCAAGUAUACAAUCAUACUCAUGUUUGCCUUAUGGAAAUGUAGCUUAUCACUUAACUGUAACCUUGGCUUCAAUGGCUGGACCAUUAGCCAUGUGCCUAGGUUUUGUCAUCAAAAAUCCAAAAGUUAAAUUACUAUCAGGUCUUAUGGUCAUAGUUUUGAUACUCUCUGGUCUCAUUGUUUACUUAGCUCUGCAAUCGCCAACUCCUCCAUUACAAAAAUCUUGGCUUGGAACGUUCCUCGUAGUUGUAAUUUGGAUUAUAGUUUGUGGUCUACAAGGCUUUAUAAGAAUGGGAAUAACAACUGUUUUCAGGCCAGAUCCUGGUAGGGGUCUGUACUAUACGGGAGUAGCCACUCAAAUUGGUUCAUUGAUAGGUGCAAUAAUUACUUAUGUUUUAGUGAAUGAAAGUCAAUUGUUUCAGCAUUCAUCAGACCCUUGUCUAUGAAUUUUGCAAUAAUUGAUAAUUUAGCAAUAAGUGUAUAAAUCGAUUUUGUAAAAAAUUUUUUGAACGAUCGAUAAAUUUUAUACAAACGAAAAAAAUUACGGAGUAAAACGUAACAACGCAGAAUCUUUAGUCAAUUAUCAACAAAAAUUUACUAUUUCUUGUACUUACAUUGAUUUGAUAUUUUUAUGCAAGCAUGUCAUGCUUUUAUCAAGUAAAUAAAUAAAAGACAAUAAACAAAGCAAGUUGUAAAUAAAAAAGAAAGCCUUUAUAUAAAUAAAUUUUAUGCAUUAAAAAUUAAGGCGCAUUACAAAUUUACUUUGACUUAUCAUUCUAAAUUAUAUUAGUCAUGAACGAUUAGAUACGCUGUUUCAAUUAAAAAGUACAACUACUCACCUGAUCGCUCAAAAAUUUUUAAUUAUCUUUACUCACCACUCACGAUCUAUUUGUAUAGAAAGUGCCCAGCUUUUCGACGCGAUAAAUUAAAAUCUCGAAGAGUGCGUAUACUUAGACACACGCUUGUAUUAUAUACGUGUUAUCAGCUGGUCACAUUCCUUCGGACUUGAUGUAUUUUUUACACGAUCGAUAUUUUUCAAUCGCUUGACCACCAUUAAUGCAGUAUCGAUGUUCCUACGUGUCAUACUUGUUCCGCAAGCACUCUAUCAAUAUAAUAUUCAUGUUCACUCGCUUCCAUACAACAAUUUUGUGCAUAUAUACGUAUAUUCUUCGAAUUCAGUAUGAGUGUGAGUGUGUAAUUUUUUUCAGUGAUAAGA